GCCAGCUCUGAACACACUCAGGGCGCACGCGUGUCCCAGGGCCCGGUGGGCGCACCCCGGGUGUUCGGGCCCCAGGCGCGCAGGCUGCGCCUGGCAGGCGGCCGCUUUCCUGAGAAACUUGAUCCUUGCGGUUCGCCGUUCGGGUCCCUGACAAACGCGAACCCCGCGCCCCGCCGUUCGCACAGUCGCUUGCAGCGCCGCCGCCAUGUCCAGCCUCGCCAAGGCUGCCGGGGUCUUCAAGUCGGUGGAUUAUGAGGUGUUUGGCCGCGUGCAGGGUGUUUGUUUCAGAAUGUACACGGAAGAUGAAGCAAGAAAAUUAGGAGUAGUUGGCUGGGUUAAAAAUACCAGACAAGGAACAGUGACUGGCCAAGUUCAGGGCCCAGAAGAUAAAGUAAAUGCAAUAGCCUGCCUUUCCCCAGUUUACUACCCCAAGACUUCUCUGACUGCUUCACUCCUACCUGCUAGUUUCUUCAGACCUCCUUUGGAUACUCUCAACUUUGUGCCCAGAUUCCUCUUUACUGCUACACUCAAUACAGAAGGCCUGGUUGAGUAAAGUCGGAAGUCCCAGUUCUCGGAUAGCACGAACAAACUUUUCUAAUGAGAAGGAGAUCACCAAGCUUGAUUUUUCAGGAUUUAACACCAGAUACUAAUGGAGAGAAAAAUAUUUAAGCAACAAAUAAUGCUUCAGCUGCAUAAUACUUUCUGUGGAUCCAUACAACUAUAUGACAUCUCUAGUGUACAACAGAAAUAAAGAAGUGCUAAGUAUAAGAAUUCCCUAUUUAUAUAAUGCGGGAAUAUUCAUUUGCUGUGUUAGAAAUUUCACAAAGUCAAUCUUUACUAAAAUGCCAAUUAAAAAUAAUCUAUUUCGCUUACUUUGAGUGUUCUGUACAGAAUAAUUUAAAAUCACUAGUACAUACUAGUGCAAACUGAAAUAUGUAAUACUUGACUGUAUAGAAUCUAAUCUUUACCAAGUAAAUAUACUUAUUUUAUGCACAAAAUAAUGUAGCUAUCUGUGAUCUAUUAAAAAUGUUUAAAUACUUCUAUUUUUUUAACCAAGAUCUCAGAAUCAUUUACUAAUGUACUCUAAAAGCUAUGAAUUGUAAAGCUCUCUUAUAUUUGUAGCAAUUAGUUAAAGCCGUAGCAAGCGCUCUGAAAUAAAUGUACAUUGCCUCAUAGAAUAAAUGCAUCUAGUCACCUCUGAUUAAAAGUUUUCUGUAAUGAGGUCUGGUUAGCUUAGGUUAUAUGAUAAUGAGAUGCAUAGGCUUUCAUUCCUGGGUCUCCAACUUCAGCCAAGGACAACACUACCUAAAUGUUAAUUUCAUUUAAUGUUUUUUUGGUGACAUAUAUGAAGGAGUUGAUUGCUGUAAGUGGGCAGGCAGUUGCAUCAUAAAAGUCACUGUUAUGAUUAUCACUUAAGAUCUGAUUCUACAAAGACUUAAUUAGUUAUGUCAUGUUAAGCACAUGAACUUAAUACUCAUUCUUAAAGUUCAGCACUUGGCUAAGUCUGCAUAAUUGGGGUCUAAUUCUUAUCUUAUGUUCUUGGCAAACAGACCAAAAAUAGUCAACACAGACUGCGUCUACAUGAGAUGCUGACUGCGCAGUAGUUCAUUACUACUGCGCAGUAGUGUCACAUGGCAUGAAGCGUGACACAACGGUACUGUUCAGUAUUAAUGAGCUACAGCGCAGUCAGUGUCACCUAAAAGCCAUUUGGCAAUGCUACUGCGCAGUAACUCCAGUCAUUUAGUACUUGCACAUACUAAGUAGUAAGUACUUGUGUACUUAGUAUGCACAAGUACUAAAUGAUUGCACAGUAACAACAAUGCAAUCAGCAUCGCCUGUAGACGCAGCCACUGAUUCUGAACAAUCUCCUCGGUGCUAGAGGGGUUCCUUCCAAAUCAAGAUGCAGGAAGAUCCGCAGGGUUUGUGAUGAAGCUUCAUUGCAACUUCUACUGGCUGCUCCAAGCACAUUCAGGAGACAGAUGGAGUCAGUUUGAAGGAGUUUUGUUUUAGCUAAGGACAUUACGUAACAGCACACUUAAGAUUGUCUGUCAUGUUCAGGACAAGAUGUACAUAGAAAGUUGUA